CAUAGCUGCAAAUCACUCAGGAAGUUCUUAUAUUUGCUUUGAGGUCCUCUGUAGUGUAUUAAUAUAAUAUUUAGAAAAAGUAUACAUUUAGGACUGAAAUUACAAAACAAGUUGUAUAUGCUUUUUUAGUCCGGCUUUAUAAACAUCCUUAUACUCUAAACAACCAAGAAGAAUGUGAAUAUUUUUAUUUAAAAUAUGUUAUAGUUAUGUCAUAUUCACCAGGACACUUCCGUGAAGACAUCUCUCUUGUAUAAAGUAGUCACUUAGACAGGGUCAUAUGCUCAGAAGAAACUUCAAUAUCUGACAAUCGUAUGCUGUCACUUCUCAUCCAAGCUUCCUGCUGAGCUCUGAGAUCCACAUCAUUCUUAAGCAUAAACACAUCUCCUCUGAAUCAGCCUCGGAGCUUCACUUCUCAUGGCAGUUUCUAGGAUCAAUCUGUGGAGGUUGAUGUCUGUGAUCUUUGGAAUAAAAUGCCUUUUGUUGAUGGUUACUUUGGGUGUUUUGAUGAAAAACUCAUUUACUAUAGAGAGUAUUCAACCAACACCUUCUGUUGAAGAAGUUUCUGAAUGCUGUGCGUGCCUAGAAAAGUGGGUUGGAUAUCAAUGUAACUGUUACUUCAUUUCCAAAGAAGAAAAAUCUUGGGAAGAGAGCAGAGAUUUCUGUGCUGCUAAGAAUUCCAGUCUUCUUCAUCUCAAAACUAGAAAUGAAAUGAAUUUUAUGAUCUCCAGUCAAACCUAUUUCUGGAUUGGAAUGCAUUAUUAUGAAGAACGGAAUGCCUGGUUAUGGGAGGAUGGCUCAAGCCCUUCAAAAGAUCUAUUUCCAGAGUUCUCAUAUAACAAGACAAAGAAUUGCAUUGCAUAUAUCCCAAGCAAAACCAUUUUCAUCGAACCCUGUAAAAAUAAAAACCAUUUCAUCUGUAAGCAACUGCUUAUUUAAAUAAUUCUUAAGGCAAAGGGUAUAGACAAGAGAGGUCCAGGAUUAGUUCAACAUUACUUAACUCUCACAAUAUUACUACCUUUUCAUCUUGAGUUGGUAGAAUGUUUCUGCAUGCUGUCAUUUUCAUACAUUUAAACCCAAGUAUUUUAUGCUUAUUGGAUUUUUCACACCUGUGCAUAAAAUUAGGAUGAAUCAUGGUAGAGAGUUUUUAUAAAUAUUUUGAUUUAAUACAUGCUCAAUAUGCACUAUAAUUUAAUCCACAUUCUUGUAACGUUUUCUUGGAAACAGAAUAAAAUUUAUUCCAAACCAA